AUGAUGCAGACGCCCCUGCUGCAGCUGGUGCUGCUGCUCGCCCUGCCCAGGAGCCUGGGAGGACAUGAGUACCCAUCCCUGCCCAGUGAGUGCCUCCGGGAGAAUGAGCUCAGGUUCACCUGCAAGGACGUCUACCACAUCCCCAAACUUCCACCAAGUACAGAGACUGUGAAAUUUGUAGAGACACAUCUGAAAACCAUUCCGCCUUGUGCCUUUUCAGAUCUGCCCAAUAUUUCCAACAUCUACUUCUCAAGAGAUGCAACCCUGCAGCAGCUGGAAUCGCAUUCCUUCUACAACAUGAGCAAAGUGGCUCACAUAGAGAUUCGGAAUAUGAGAAGUUUAACUUACAUACAUCCUGAUGCCCUGAAAAAGCUCCCCCUUCUGAAGUUCCUGGGGAUUUUCAACACUGGACUUAAAGUCUUUCCUGACCUGACCAAAAUUUCUUCCACUUAUGUGUUCUUUAUACUAGAAAUUAUAGACAACCCGUAUAUGACUUCAAUUCCUGUGAACGCUUUUCAGGGGCUGAGCAAUGAGACCGUCACACUGAAACUAAGCAACAAUCACUUUACUUCAAUCCAAGGACACACUUUCAAUGGAACAAAACUGGAUGCUGUAUACCUGAACAAGAAUAAAGAUCUGACAGUUAUUUCCAAGGAUGCAUUUGAAGGAGUUUGCAGUGGACCAACUUUGCUGGACAUCUCCUAUACCAGCGUCACCACCCUGCCCUCCAAAGGCCUACACCACCUGAAGGAGCUGAUAGCCAGAAACACCUGGACUCUAAAAAAGCUCCCGAUUUCCCUGAGCGUCCUUCACCUCAGUCGAGCUGACCUGUCUUAUCCAAGCCAUUGCUGCGCGUUUAAGGACCAGAAGAAAAGGCGAAACAUCUUUGAGGCGUUCCUGUGCAAUGACAGCAGUCCUCAAAGCCUGCAUCAGAGGGAUUCUGUGAAGGCCUUGAGCGGCUCCUUGUACCAGAACUACGAGAGGCCACGUGACCGCAGUACUGGGCACAACAAAAGCUCCACGUUCCAGGAGGCUGGCGGCUCUCAUUACUACGUGUUCUUGGAGGACCAGGAGGAGGAGCUCACUGACUUUGGCCAGGUAUUUAGAUACCCCCCGGAGGAGACCCUACAGGCCUUUGACAGUCACUAUGACUACCUGGUGUGUGGGGGCAAUGAGGACAUGGUGUGCACCCCCAAGUCGGAUGAGUUCAACCCCUGCGAGGACAUCAUGGGCUACAAGUCCCUGAGGGUCGUGGUGUGGUUCGUGAGUCUACUGGCUCUGCUGGGCAACGUCUUCGUGCUGCUCAUCCUCCUCACCAGUCACUACAAGUGGACGGUGCCCCGCUUUCUGAUGUGCAACCUGGCCUUUGCGGACUUCUGCAUGGGGAUGUACCUCAUCCUUAUUGCGUCUGUAGACCUCUACACUCACUCGGAGUACUACAACCACGCCAUCGACUGGCAGACGGGUCCUGGCUGCAACACUGCCGGCUUUUUCACGGUCUUCGCCAGUGAGCUGUCCGUGUACACCCUGACAGUCAUCACCUUGGAGCGCUGGUACGCCAUCACCUUCGCCAUGCGCCUCGACAGGAAGAUCCGUCUCAGGCAUGCCUAUGCCAUCAUGGUUGGGGGCUGGCUUUGCUGCUUCCUGCUCGCCGUGCUCCCUUUGCUGGGCAUCAGUAGUUAUGCCAAGGUCAGCAUCUGCCUGCCCAUGGACACUGACACGCCUCUUGCUCUGGCCUACAUCGUCCUUGUCUUGUUACUCAACAUCGUGGCUUUCGUCAUCGUGUGCUUCUGUUACAUAAAGAUCUACCUGACGGUCCGGAAUCCCCACUACAAGCCCGGCGACAAAGACACCAAGAUUGCCAAGAGGAUGGCCGUACUGAUCUUCACCGACUUCCUGUGCAUGGCCCCCAUCUCAUUCUACGCCCUGUCGGCUCUUAUGAACAAGCCUCUCAUCACCGUCACCAACUCCAAAAUCUUGCUGGUGCUCUUCUAUCCCCUCAACUCUUGUGCCAACCCAUUCCUCUAUGCCAUCUUCACCAAGGCCUUCCAGAGGGACGUUUUUAUCCUGCUCAGCAAGUUUGGGAUCUGCAAGCACCAGGCUCAAGCGUACAAGGGCCAGAGAGUUUCUCUGAAGAAUAGCACCGGCAUUCAAGUCCCCAUCGUCAUCCGAGACAGGAGACAAAACCUUCCCAGCAUGCAGGAUGACUAUGAACUGAUGGAAAACUCCCAUCUAACCCCACACAGGCAACCUUGCAUCACAGAGGAGAACAAGCAAACAGUUUUGUAA